UUGGGGUAGAGACUGGGUUUGAGACAGGUGGUCCGAGACUUGAUGUUGACCUGGGCGUAAGGAAAGCGGCAAAUAGCAAGCGGGAGGACAUUUUUUUGUUAUCUGGGAAGCUGCUUACUAAUCUGCCUCCACCUACCUAGUAAAGUAGCCUAUGAUGUUAGACUCUGAAAAACAUAUACGUUUUUACAUAGCACUGAGCCUGAGAAUGGUUACAACGCAGUUUUCCAUUGUUUAGCUAGUUAAAUAACUGAUGGUGGAAAUGAACGGCUGAGAUACGAUUCGUUGCCUUUUAGUGGAAGCAUGGAAAUGAAAGGAAAGGUUAAGUGUUAAAGCUGCUGCUGAGGGGGAAGCUGGCCAUGUCACGGGUUCCUACCCCUCCUCCACCAGGGGACAUGUCUACUGGACCUGUGGCAGAGAGCUGGUGUUACACACAGGUAGGUGAAAGUAGUCAAGUUCUCCUACAUGUGGACCAUCAACAACUUCAGUUUCUGUAGAGAGGAGAUGGGGGAGGUCUUAAAGAGUUCCACCUUCUCCUCUGGACCCAACGACAAGAUGAAAUGGUGUCUGAGAGUCAACCCAAAAGGACUGGAUGAUGAAAGCAAAGAUUAUCUGUCGUUGUAUUUACUUCUUGUUAGUUGUCCAAAAAGUGAAGUCAGAGCAAAGUUCAAGUUUUCCUUAUUGAACACUAAAAGAGAAGAGACUAAAGCUAUGGAAAGCCAAAGAGCCUAUCGGUUUGUCCAGGGGAAAGACUGGGGCUUCAAAAAGUUUAUUAGAAGAGAUUUCCUGCUUGAUGAAGCCAAUGGGCUGUUACCUGAUGACAAACUCACCCUCUUCUGUGAGGUGAGUGUGGUGCAGGACUCUGUGAACAUCUCUGGCCAGUCCAACAUGAACAUGCUGAAGGUACCAGAGUGCCAGCUGUCAGAUGACCUGGGGAACCUGUGGCAGUGUUCCCGCUUCACUGAUUGUUCCCUCUAUGUGGGAGGGCAGGAGUUCAAGGCACACAAAUCCAUCCUGGCAGCAAGAUCCCCCGUCUUUAACGCCAUGUUUGAACAUGAGAUGGAGGAGAGUAAAAAGAACCGUGUGGACAUCAGUGAUGUGGAGCCAGACGUGUUUAAGGAGAUGAUGGGAUUCAUCUACACAGGGAAAGCUCCCAACCUGGAGAAGAUGGCCGACAACCUGCUGGCAGCUGCUGACAAAUAUGCCUUGGAGCGUUUAAAGGUGAUGUGUGAAGAGGCUCUGUGCACCAGCCUCUCUGUGGAGAACGUGGCUGAUACCCUGAUCCUGGCGGACUUACACAGUGCAGAGCAGCUCAAAGCACAAGCCAUAGAUUUUAUCAACAGGUGCAGCGUCCUCCGACAGCUGGGCUGUAAAGAUGGGAAAAACUGGAAUAGCAGUCAUGCCACGGACAUAAUGGAGACGGCAGGCUGGAAGUCAAUGAUCCAGUCCCACCCUCACUUAGUGGCCGAGGCCUUCAGAGCCUUGGCAUCGGCACAGUGCCCGCCCUUCGGCCUGCCGAGGAAACGCCUAAAACAGUCCUGACUGCUACAGCCCUCUGAUCCAGACAGAGAGCUGAGGCAGCCCACUGAUCCAGACAGAGAGCUGAGGCAGCCCACUGAUCCAGACAGAGAGCUGAGGCAGCCCACUGAUCCAGACAGAGAGCUGAGGCAGCCCACUGAUCCAGACAGAGAGCUGAGGCAGCCCACUGAUCCAGACAGAGAGCUGAGGCAGCCCACUGAUCCAGACAGAGAGCUGAGGCAGCCCACUGAUCCAGACUGAGAGCUGAGGCAGCCCACUGAUCCAGACUGAGAGCUGAGGCAGCCCUCUGAUCCAGACUGAGAGCUGAGGCAGCCCUCUGAUCCAGACUGAGAGCUGAGGUAGCCCUCUGAUCCAGACUGAGAGCUGAGGCAGCCCUCUGAUCCAGACUGAGAGCUGAGGCAGCCCUCUGAUCCAGACUGAGAGCUGAGGCAGCCCUCUGAUCCAGACUGAGCUGAGGCAGCUCUCUGAUCCAGACUGAGAGCUGAGGCAGCCCUCUGAUCCAGACUGAGAGCUGAGGCAGCCCUCUAAUCCAGACAGAGCUGAGACACCAUGGGGACACAGGACUAUGAAGAAGAGAUCCCCCCAGUUCCCUCAUAGACUGUCCGUCUCAUCCUAUUGGUUUCUAUCUGAACAGGGCUGGUAGCAUGGGAGACUGACUCCAACUGGUAGAAAGUAACGUUUGGUUUUGGUCCUCAAGUUUUGUCGCUAUUUUUCUGUCAUUUCAAAUGGCCUUAAUCUAUCUGCCAUUGGAGCUGAUCCACUGUGUUCUCUCUAUUUGACUCUGUACCUGCCUCGUCCCACAGACCAGGCUGCCCCUUCCCACAGACCAGGCUGCCCCGUCCCACAGACCAGGUUGCCCCGUCCCACAGACCAGGCUGCCCCGUCCCACAGACCAGGCUGCCCCGUCCCACAGACCAGGCUGCCCCGUCCCACAGACCAGGCUGCCCCGUCCCACAGACCAGGCUGCCCCGUCCCACAGACCAGGCUGCCCCGUCCCACAGACCAGGCUGCCUCCAGAUUGCACUAGUUCCCAUAGUAAUUUUGAUAUGGAGUUCUAUAGGGACGUGUUAAGCGUUUGAUUCAUGGGAAAUAUUAUAUAUUUGUAAUGUUAAGCCCAUUUUGUGACUAGACAUUAAAAAUCGUGAACACUUUCAGUGCAAAGUCAAUUCUUUACACUUUUUAGAAGAUGAGUAUGCCCCAUAUUGAUGGCACCAUUUCUAUGUAAAUGACUGUUCAACCAUCUUCAGAAGGUGUUUCCUGGUGUUAAAAGACUGUGUUGAUGCUGUUAUUAUUGUAUGGAAGACUUGAACAUGUCGAUAGUCUCUGCCUCUACACUAGAAAAAGUAUUGGACGAAUAGGAAAGGCUCUUUCCCCAAACAGUCUCCGAUUGGAUGAUGGGAGACUUAUGCAAAGAGCAAUCUAUAGAUUCAACUUCAAGAGAUUUAGGUUUCCAUACUACUACCAACAUGCAAAUAUUUAUACACUGAGUAUACAAAACAUUAAGAACACUUUCUCUUUCCAUGACAUAGACUGGUGAAAGCUAUGAUCCCUUACUUGUUAAAUCCACUUCAAUCAGUGUAAAUGAAGGGGAGGAUACAUGGUAAAUAAGGAUUUAUAAGCCUUGAGACAUGACAUUAUGUAUGCGUGCCAUUCAGAGGGUGAGUGGGCUAGACAAAAGAUUUAAGUGCCUUUGAACGGGGUAUGGUAGUAAGGGCCAGGUGCACCCGUUUGAGUGUGUCAAGAACUGCAGCGCUGCAGGGUUUUUCACGCUCAACAGUUUCCUGUGUGUAUCAAGAAUAGUCCACCACCCAAAGGACAUCAAGCCAACUUCACACAACUGUGGAAAGCAUUGGAGUCAGCAUCAGUGAGGAACUCUUUCAACACCUUCUAGAGCAUGCCCUGAAGAAUUGGGGCUGUUCUGAGAGCAAAAGGGGGUUGCAACUCAAUAUUAGGAAGGUGUUCCUAAUGUUUUGUACACUCAUGGUAUAUUCUUAAUCUAUUGUGCUUGGCAAAAGAUAAACAUGGGAAAGACUAAUGCAUGGUCCUGUAUUUUUUUCUGCAAUUAUCUACAAGUAUCUGUAAAGGAUUUUAAUUAAUUGAGUCCAGUCAGUGCAAACUAGGCUCCAACAGUCUUGGACGUGUACAGGGUGCUGAGUAUCACUGUCCAUUAUUACUGUCUUUGUUAUAGGGGUCAGGGGUCAGGCCAGCUUCACAUUCUAAGCAGUCAGGACCUCAAAUGAUUCAAUUCAUCAAUGGAAGAAAUGUAAACUUUUCCUGAUCUGAACCUGCAUGAAUGGUUCACGUUGGCCGUACAGCCAUGAUGUGUGUAUUGAUGGGUCGGUCACAUGUUGGUCGUUAACAGUGUGUCAUAGCUGCUGUUAUGUGGUAUGGCAGAUGCCUAUUUAGAAGAUUUUGUAAAUGACAGAAAGUGACAUCCUUUUACAUGGAAUUACUCAGUCAUUCUGUGUUCUGUUGCAAUGUUGGAAAAAGAUUGUUGUCUGAGAGAAUGCCUGCAUUAACUCAUUAAAGAUGCAUCUUUAUUUACCUGCCAUUAAUUCA